AUGUUUAAUGGAUUUAUCGGAGGAGAUGACGGAGAGCCAACACCAGAUACGUCCGAGACUGUGCAGAUAUCAUCGCUUGCACUGCUGAAGAUGCUGAAGCAUGGAAGGGCAGGGAUUCCUUUGGAGGUGAUGGGGUUGAUGCUUGGGGAGUUUGUUGAUGAGUACACGGUGAAGGUUGUAGAUGUGUUUGCAAUGCCUCAAAGCGGCACGAAUGUGACGGUGGAGUCGGUAGACCCCAUAUUCCAGAUGGAGAUGAUGGAGAUUCUGAGUGCAACGGGAAGGCAGGAGAUUGUUGUUGGAUGGUACCACAGCCACCCAGGAUUUGGAUGCUGGCUAAGCACGGUUGACAUCAGUACGCAGCAGAGCUUUGAAAAGCUGUGCAAAAGAGCCGUGGCUGUUGUGGUUGAUCCGAUACAGAGUGUGAAGGGGAAGGUUGUUAUUGAUGCAUUUAGACUGAUUGACAACCAGAUGGGGGUGCUUGGAGUGGAGCCUCGGCAGGUUACGUCGAAUAUCGGGCAUUUGAAGACGCCUACGCUUAUUUCUGUGAUACAUGGAUUGAACAAGCACUAUUACUCGUUCAACAUAACAUGCAGGAAGAACGAGCUUGAGCAAAAGAUGCUGCUGAACCUGCAUAAGAAGACGUGGGCGGACUGCCUCAAGUUCAGAGAAGUUAAGAAUGGGGGAGAAGAGAUGCUGAGGCGGAUUGAGAGCUAUGGAAAGGCAUGCGAGGAGGAGAAGAUGCUUACAGGAAAGGAUAUGGAUGUAGCGAAGGUCGGGAAGAUCGACCAUAGAAGACGACUUCUGGAGAAGUGCGAGGAGGAUAUUAUGGAGAACACGAUCUUUAGCCUUCUUUAUUCCAUCCAUAGGUAUGUGUUUAGUCAAUAA